GACCGCAACAGCUUCUCUCCUCGGAAACCGGAGGUGUCCUCCCAAGUUAUCUCUCUAGCUUCGUUCCCUCCUCGGACAAACAGACAGCACAUACCGAAAAACCUCUCAAAAAUCCUCUCUUUCUUAUGUGCUCCACUCUCACUCACACUCCCAACACCCAAAUAUGCAAACAUCUCUGACCAUUUCACCCUUCAAAACACCACUAAUUUUCCCACCCCACCACCCCAUUUCACCAAAACCCCCACCACCACCACACCACCACAAUCCCCUCUCUCUGCAAACCCUUGUAAGUCCGGUUUAUUCCGUCAAAGGGUCGGGGUAUUUGUCUACAAUAGGCCAAGCUAUAACAGAAGAAGAGGAGUACAGGAAAGCCAGGGCUCAAGUUCUCAGAAAAGGUGUGGACUUGGAAGGGUAUACAAUUGAGGGAGUUUCCAUUGGUGGCCAUGAGACUUGUGUUAUAGUUCCCGAGUUGAAGUGUGCUUUCGAUAUUGGCCGGUGCCCCUCACGCGCCAUUCAGCAAAACUUUGUUUUUAUCACUCAUGCUCAUCUUGAUCACAUUGGUGGGCUUCCAAUGUAUGUAGCCAGUCGUGGUUUGUACAACUUGCCGCCUCCGACAGUAUUUGUUCCUCCUUGCAUCAAAGAUGAUGUUGAGAAGCUUUUUGAAAUUCACAGAGCCAUGGGCCAAGUGGAACUGAACCUUGAUUUGGUUGCAUUGGGUGUAGGUGAAACAUAUGAAAUGCGGAAUAACCUUGUUGUCCGAGCAUUUAGAACACAGCAUGUCAUACCGAGCCAGGGUUAUGUGAUCUACUCAGUUAGGAAAAAGCUGAAGAUGCAGUAUAGUCGUAUGAAAGGCAGACAAAUUGAGAAACUGAAGAAGUCUGGUGUUGAGAUUACAGACAUUGUAUUGUCGCCGGAGGUAGCCUUCACAGGCGAUACAACGUCAGAUUACAUGCUUGAUCCACGCAAUGCUGAUGCAUUGAGGGCAAAAGUUCUUAUAACUGAGGCAACUUUUCUAGAUGAAGGGUUCAGCAUUGAGCAGGCACGACAACAUGGUCAUACACAUAUAUUUGAGAUCAUUGAACAUGCUCAGUGGAUUCGAAAUAAAACAGUUUUAUUGACUCAUUUCUCUUCCCGCUACAAUAUAGAGGACAUUCGUCAAGCUGUAUCAAAGUUGCAGUCCAAGGUGUCAGCAAAAGUGGUUCCUCUUACAGAAGGUUUCAAAUCAAUGUACUCUUAGAUUCCACUCCAAGGUUCAAUUUUUGUGUUAGCAAACAAUAUCACCUAGAGAGAGAGAUGUAAUCAGUUUGUUUUGUGUUAAUGUUUUAGUUGAGAUAUAAUAUGUUUGUAAUUUUUUCA